CAUCCGGGCGCUUCGAGAAUCGCAACUGCAGUCUUCGAUAAUUCUCGAACUGAAGAAUGAUGAACUAAUCUUUUGGAUUUUCGGAAACUUUCCUUCGAGAAUGCCGGAUGCAGAAAUUAUUACACUGACGGUUACAAUUGGACAACAUUUUUCGGACUUCAAAAUGAUGCAGUUAUGAAGGCUACUUUGCUUCGAAAUGCCACGACCGAUUCCCUCGAGCGGAUCCGUGACGAUAAUUGCGCUGGUGAUAACGCCGAUUGAUCACAUAAACAGAUGUCUAAAAACAGAAGUAUACAGAAAUAUGCCACCCUGCACAGAAGUAUCUAAUAAGUCAGAGUGGCAAUUUUCAACCAUGGAGAAUAUAAAGCGAUUCAUGCAGGAAUGCAAUGCCAUUCGUUAUACAUCAUACAGAGCUGCUGCAAAGAUGCAAAUAUUACAUAGAGAAUUGAACAUGCAACAUGUACAGUUAGAACUAAUAGCAGGAGUGUUUGAGCGUCAUAGGCUUUCUAUCACUGAGAAUUGUGUUAAUUUAGACCCAAGUGAAAUUGAAGAUGUUCUAUCCGACAUUUAUUUUGCAGCACAGAAAGAAAGUAAUUUUAAUUUUAAUGUUGAUCUUGCAACAAAACUUGCUACAAGCUAUAUUUUGAACACUUUUGACAAGCAAAAUACCAGAAAUAUUUUAGUAUUUUCUGUAAAAGUUGCAUUGGUAUUGUUAAGUAGUGGUAGAUUACAAGAGAAAUACGGAUAUUUGUAUCAGCAAUUAGCUAAUCAUAAUGCAUGUUUAUCUCGAGCUGGUCUACACACUUUGUUGACAAAUAUUUGCAAACUAACAGAAAUGCUUGGAGAAACUGCAGCAUAUGGAUACGAACAAAUCCAGUCGCAUAUAGAUGCUUGUUUUAUAAAGUCUCAAGGUGGCCUUGGCAUAACCGAAGCAGAAUUUGCCGCGUGGAUUAUGCAGGAACCUCCUCUAUUGGUUUGGAUAACAACAUUUAAUCGAAUAAAAUCUGCAGAACACAUUGUCCAUAACAUUAGAUGUUCCUCCUGCAAAGUAACACCAGUACAAGGGCCAAGAUAUACAUGCUUGAAAUGUACAGGAUACCAUCAAUGCCAGGAAUGUUUCCUUUUAGGCAAAACGUCAAGUAAACAUAAAUUAAAACAUCCAGUUCGUGAAUUUUGCGUAAAGACUUCACAUCGCGAAGUUACGAAACUGUUCAUCGAAUUGAUUAGAAAUAAAUUGAAACUGUGUCCUACCAGAACAGUCGCAUUGGACGAUCUAGUUGCAGAUGUUGCCAGUAACGAAACAAGACGUACGGAUUACGGAUCGGUGAGGAGCACGGUAAAACGAAAAAUUCUCAGUGAUCCACAGAAGGAGUUACAAAGUAUCAUAAUGCAUUUGGAAGAGGAAAACCGACAAUUGCAAAUUGAGCUGCUAGAUAUACAGGGCACCAAAGCUGAGAGAUUGCAACGUCAUAGAGCGACCAUCGAGUCUCAAUUGCAACGAUUAAAAACACUCAAGAAAUAUUUAUUCACCGAUACAGCUCAAACGCCGCAGAUUAUCGCCCGUAUGCAAAGCACUCCGAUGCUGCCGCCCUUGUCAUCCAGACUCGUCGCCUUGCCUCUGGAAUUCGAAUUAAGCCCGAUUAUCAGGCAAGACAAUCCGAAUCAACAAGGGAUCAAAUUACAUCGUCAAAAUGAUAAAUUAAUGUCGGAUAGUUUUAAUGCGUCAUUAACUAUUGAUCACACGAGAGAAGAGAACAAUGCUAAUGCUCUUGCUUGUGUCGAAGGGGCUUCUACGAGUUCAGCAUUCGGUAAUAUACCAGAAAGCAGUCGUAUAGAAUUAAGUACUUGGAUUGGAGGCACAAGAAGGAGGGAAUUGAGUCCAGCUAACAGUGGCUUCUCUCAGUGGUUGGCUGCUGGCAAUUCAAACUGCAAGGAAGAAAACUAUGUGACUAACGUAGUGAAUAAUACAGAUAAUGACUUGUCACUCGCAGCUUCUCAGUCUCCCACUGGCAUUCACAGAGAUAACACUCCAUCUUCCCUUCAGCGUCCCGACAAACAUUCGCAGCAUAGUAGCUUACAAAAUAUUCAAGGAGACCUCAACGAUAUAUUAGACAGAUUGCAAAAUAUGGUUGCCAAUGACUGUUUGCUCGACGAAUCUUACGACGGCAAUGACAAUUGUAAAUUGAAACGUGCUACAACGGAGAUGGAAGAUCUAUUAACUGGCCUCAUCGAAGGUAUGGAAUCUCGUAAAAAUAAACUUACCACUAUCGUUUGAAGACUGCCUUAAAUGUAAGUUUAGAUAUUAUAUAUUCGAAAAUUUUUAUAUUACAUCCAAUGACUUUGUGCGUGAAUUCACCAUGAUAAUCUCAGAUACUUAUUUUUAACAUUCUUACCGGCCUGAUUUUGAAAUUGAUAUAUAAAUGCCAUAAGUGCCAUUACAUGUUGUCCAAAGAAAAAGAUAAAUCACUUAAUCAUCGUAAGAAACAUCAUAUAAAGUACAAAGAUUUGAUAAUAAAACAGCCAUAUUUAGCGCCAA